GGACUGGAAAGUUACCAGAGGGAGGGCUUCGUGGAGGAGGAUCGGAUUAGGCACUGCAGCCCUGGUGGCCAGAGCUGGAGCCGGCCUGCAGAGGGACCGGCGAGGGGCGGGGCACCUGGCUGGACCCAGUGACUUGCAGGGAACUCUCAGGGAAGGAGAAGGUGAAGGAGGAAGGCAACCAGGGAAGCCCAGUGUGUUUGUUUUUUCAAAUGGGAGAAACCCGAGCAGGCUGGCAAGGGCGAUGGGUCUGUAGAGAGGGCUGAAUGGAAGAGGGAGCAGCGAAGCAGGCUACUGAUGAAGCCACGGCCCAGGGGUCAGAAGGAUGGACUCCAAAGCUCAGCGCUUAGGAUUGGCCUUGAAGAAAAGGAGGGCCACCCCCGCUCAUCCCAGAGGGAAGGAGAACCUGAAAGCAGAUCCAGAAGAGCUUUUUACAAAACUGGAGAAAAUUGGAAAGGGCUCUUUUGGUGAGGUGUUCAAAGGCAUUGACCUUCGGACUCAGAAAGUGGUUGCCAUAAAAAUCAUUGAUCUGGAAGAAGCAGAAGAUGAGAUAGAGGACAUUCAACAAGAAAUCACAGUGCUGAGUCAGUGUGACAGUCCAUAUGUAACCAAAUACUAUGGAUCCUAUCUGAAGGACACUAAAUUGUGGAUAAUAAUGGAAUACCUUGGUGGAGGCUCCGCACUAGAUCUUUUAGAACCUGGCCCUUUAGAUGAGACUCAGAUUGCUACCAUAUUAAGAGAAAUACUGAAAGGACUUGAUUAUUUGCAUUCGGAGAAGAAGAUUCAUAGAGAUAUUAAAGCUGCCAAUGUUCUGCUCUCUGAGCACGGCGAGGUGAAGCUGGCCGAUUUCGGGGUGGCGGGCCAGCUGACGGAUACCCAGAUAAAAAGGAAUACCUUCGUGGGCACCCCUUUCUGGAUGGCACCCGAGGUCAUUAAACAGUCAGCCUACGACUCAAAGGUAAGGCCCGGCUCUUCACGUCCGCUGGCUCUAGGGGCUUGUCCUCUUUUGCUUCAUCCUUACAGCUUUUCCAGUGCAGUGAAGCGAGUUCCUUGAAGUAGGACAUAACGGCAGUUCUCUCAGACCUU